AUGGGAUCUAUCACAGAACCUGAUCAUCUUCCGUCAAUCAGCUAUGCUGAUCUUCGACACGAGGAUACAGGGAUCAGAGAUAGAGCUGCUGGAGCUUUCACCCAAGCCCUCCGGGACUAUGGAGCAUGCCGAAUACGAGAUCAUGGGAUCCCGCAGGGUAGACUUGACAUGUGCUUUGAGAAGUGCCGCCAGUUCUUCCAACGAGACCCUAGCGAAAAGGUAGCCGAUUGCGCCAGGUCUGGAGUAGCCAGCAGAGUGCGAUUCGUCCCGUACGGAAGUGAAAAGACGCGUGGAGAACCACACUUGGAAGAGGUUCUGCAGCUCCGGGAUGGGAUUUAUAAUAUGGGCGGGAAUUGGUCCCUCGAGGCAGGAGAGCUUAUCUGUGCAUUGGAAAACUUGCAUAGCACAUGUAGUGUUAUUCAUUGCACGCUGCUUGAGUGUUUGUCGUCCUCUCUGCAUCUGACUCGAUCUUUGACCUCUAUCCACCGCAAAGAGAACUCGUACUUCGCGCCCACCUACUUCGCUCCGUGCCAUCAUGAUGAAAACAUACUCCGUGUCCCUGUCCACAUCGACCCCACAACGAUGCUGUUCAAUUUCCCGGACUCGCAUGGCGGCCUCAAAGUUGCAGACCUGAGAAACAGGGCUGGAAAUCUCUCUGCUGUAGAGGUGCAAAAAACAGCGAUGUUUAUUCCGACGGGCUGUCAGCCCGGGGAAUUUGUUGUUCUAGCGGGUAAUCUUUUAAGGAGGCUGGCUGGAGGUAUAAAACAUGCGGUGCAUUACAUAGAGCGGCCGCUGGGGUCUUCCGGGUUUCAUUUGAAUUACUGGACAGUACCGGAUAUGGAUACUCCCUGUGAUUUUGGCGGCAAACGAGAGACUGUGGAGAAGUAUUUGAUGAGGGUAUUUCCAUCAACAUUUGGUCAUUCCUAG